AGCAAAGCAAAGCCGCCGCAGUUCGAAAUCGGUCGUCGUAGUUCGCGUUCGUUUCAGAAGGAGUCGAAACCGUCGUCCACGCCUCCCACAGAGAUGCACAUCACUUCCUCAACCCGUGCCACCUAACAAGCCUCUCUUCGCGACCACUCUGAUCGAUCCGUGUUUGCGCCAUGGAUGAGGUCAACUUCGCAGCCCAGUGUCUGGUGGAGAUGUCGCACAGCAAGGACCACCUCAACCGCCCGCUGGACCUCUCCUUCACCUCGUCGCCGACGGUCAUCGUCGAGGCCCUGCCGCCGGUCACCGUGGCCUACCCCAAGGAGGCGGCGCCCGAGCCCCAGGAGUCCUCCUCGUACAUGGUGGCGCGCAUCCUCACCGACCUCACGCGGAUCAAGCAGGAGCCGGUGCCGGAAGUGCCGUCGGACUCCGAGCCCGCCCUGGCCAUCGACGAAGACGACGGAUACAACAGUUUGAUGGACAGUUCGGGUGCUUCGAGCCCCAAUGCCAGUGUUAAAGUGGCGCCCCUUGCCGGGGGCGGCAAAGUCGACGCGGUGCCGCCGCCGAGGAAAGCCGCCCCCAGGGCGCAGCCCAGACUUAACUCGCAGACGAGAAAGACUCACAAGUGCAUCUACGAUGGAUGCCACAAGAUUUACGGCAAAAGCUCGCAUCUCAAAGCUCACCUGAGGACACACACAGGAGAAAGGCCGUUUCCGUGUAGUUGGAACAAUUGUGGGAAGCGAUUCGCCCGUUCGGACGAACUAGCCAGGCACACCCGGACCCACACCGGAGAAAAAAACUUUGCGUGUCCGGUGUGCAACAAGAAGUUUAUGAGGAGUGACCAUCUCAGCAAACACGCCCGACGGCAUCCCAACUUUGACCCGUCAGUGCUGCGACAGCGUAGGGCCCCUAAUAGGGCCUUCUCCAUCAAUUCCAGCGAUGGAACUCCUUCCGACGUGCUCUCUGACUCCAUGCCCAGCCCAUAACAGGUGUAAAAGGACGCAGUUUGCCCUUUUGUGCGUUUUCUAACUUCCUUUCAGCUCAAAAUAGUCGAUAUCUGAUGUCUAGAUACGCUCUGACGUAGGUUGUGUUUCUGUUUUUCCAUGGUUAUGGAAUUACUGUUAAGUACGUUACUUGAUUCGUGAUAAUUUUUAGUUGUACUUACUAUCGGUGUAAAACAAUUUUUGUUUCGACAACUUGUUUGUUACUAGGAGCAUACUGUAAUGUUUAUUGUUUCGUAACAGUAGAGUAGUCUAUAUGCUCAAUACCCUUCUGAAAUUACCAUUAAUAGUUGUUAAUUAUUAAUAUUAUUAUUCAUUUCAACGUAUUGUACCAUUAGAUGAGUAAGAAAUAUCAAGUAUUUUAAUGGGAAAGUGCGUUGAAUCUAUACGUGUUAGAAACUAUUCCCUGCGGAGAAUAUUACUGUAUAUAAUCAUAGAGUAAGGUUUAUUUUUUAUUACGAGGAAAUAAAAGUACCUAGAAAUAUUAAACUAAAAUUAAAUUAACAAAAUGCUAAAAAAGACAAACACUUUUGUAUCGUUUAACAGUUAGUUUGAGCUUCCCGUUGUUUAAUUUGCAUUUAUUGUCUUUAAUUUUUAAUUAAGCUUAAGUUUAUUUAAUCGGUACCUGUUCCACUUGACGCAUUUCGAUUUUAUUUCAAGUGUACGUCGCUUUAUUUUAUUUGAGCAAUUAAACUGUAAUCUCAUUUAGUUGAGUGUUUGCUUUUACCCUUUUUUAGUAAAAAUCAUAUCGACAAUCGUAACAUCCGUUAUUAGAGGCGUAGAAUUUUGUUUGACAUGUCGUUCUUCCAGCAUUUAGAACUAUCCUCAUUAGCAAUUCUAAAAAAAUAGUGAUGAAUUAGUAUUCUAAAAAAUGAGAACUUAAACUUGUUAUGAUAAAAGAAAUUUUCUAGAAUGAACCAUGUGUUGUGUACAUAGCGAGAAGCGGCGUAUUUUGUAAGUAAGUAAAAAAUAGUCCACCUUUUGUAUAGCAUAGACGUGUAAAUUGAAAUCGACAAUAUCUGUGGUUACAUCAUUUAGAAAUUACUGUUGCCUUUUAUUUCCAUUGUGCUUUCAAAUUUCCUGAAAAUUCUGCAGAUGACAGCUUAUCUAAAUGAGCAAAAUGCGUGAAAUUAUCCAUUAACAUUUCAUCAAGUGUUGAAAACAGUUUGACAACCGACUACCACAAUUAAAAACUUCGUUUCUUUCCGACCAAAGCGAGUUUGACUAAAUUGCACUCUCUUGACCAAUUUAGAUAUGCACUUGAGGAAUUAGAGUAUUUUUAUAUUAAAUCACGCUUGUCUUGUGUACCUAAUGUUCAAUCACAAUUUUUGUAUUAUACGGAUGUUUGAGUGUGUCCUGUAGGAUAAAGCUGUAAAUAUUGUACAUAUACAAAAAGCAAAAUGAUAUUUAUCAAUGUUUGUGUUAUCAAAUGAGGUUAACAAACCCACAGAUAUGUGAAUAUACAUAAUGCCAAUAAAUGAUUAAAAUUGA